AUGUCAUUAUUUUCGGGACUUAAUGAUUUUGAUGUUUUACAUAUACAAGUGAAUCCGAUAAUUACACCGACUAUUAUACCUGAUGAAACUGAUUUUCCUGCUGGUGCUUUACCGUCGGCUGUUGCUUUAUCGUUUUCUGGUGUAUUUCAUCCGUCGUUUGGUGCUGCUUUUGCGAGUUUUUUUGUGGUGGUAUUUAUGGAUAUUCUGCCGGAUCCUUUCCAGCUUCUGGUUUCUUUGUUGGUUCCUCCAGCUCCUUAG